CUCAUUGCAGCGUUUCGGAAAUGAAUCAGGUUACCAGAAGAAGAGUUGUGCCGUGGAAAAACAGGAAAGAGUUUGAAUGUGUAUACAAUGAGGUGUUUGGAAAUGAUCCCCGGCAACAAACACAUGCUGUUGGAAGGAUUGAUGUCUGGAGAAGCAGGGCAUUGCACAAAAUUCCUGUAGCCAUUGACAGCACAGCAGCCAUUGUUCAUGCCAAGCUUCACCAUCAAAAGGCAGUCCAGUUAAAACAAGAUAGGCAACAAGAUAAUGAAAUACGCUCCUCAUACAGCCUGGCUGUGAUCAGGUUUGUUAAUCAUAUAACUGAGAAAGGCCAGACAGGGGAGUAUGCACUUCCUAUUCAUGUUAUAGCCAGUCAGGUUGGUGUGCCAGAAUGGAUUGUACAUCUGCGACAUGAUGCCACCCAUCGACAUCUGCCUCCUCUUCCCAUGCUCACGUCAGCCUGUGAUUGGGCAUUGUCAUGGCUGAAGGCAGAAUUUUGGGAAAAGCAACUGAAUUCCAUGGCUUCGAAUGUUGAUGGAAAGAGAACAGACUCAUCUGAUAUACUUGAUAUACGGGUAAUCCUAGAAAGAUAUCAGCAACAUAAGUUGCAGGAAAUAGAUGAGAAAAGUUUCAAAGAUUAUUCUUCAAAAAUUGUAAAGAACUUUGAAACAGUUCCAGUUCAGAAUAGACACCAGUUGGUGACCUGUCUGGUAGAGGAGGGUUUUAUCAUUCCAACACAGGAACAGCUACAAGCUUUAAGGAUUGAUCCAUCCAAGUUGGAAAAGCCAGACUGUGCUCUCCCUCACAUGCUUAUCCUGUUCUGGAAACCAGUUCUUCAAUUUCUUCAUCAACUUAAUCUCACGAAUAGUCUUUUGAUCAAGCUGGCAUCAAAAGUAUCAACAAAAUUCAGUAUGCAGGAUUACGUAAUGUGUGGUUGGAUUCACCAUAUAAUCACAUCAAAUGAACAAGCAAAUACCAAAAAUGCCAAUCGAAAUUCAACAAGACUGUAUAAGAGGUCUGUACCCCUGAAGUUUCGUCCUGUGCUUGAGUCACUCCUUUAUAUCCCAUGUGACUACACAAUCCCUCUAAUCAAACGAUUAUUAAAUCUUGGCAAAGAGAAAGAAUACACAGAGAAUCAGAUUACACAGAUUGGCACUCUUAUGGACCAACUCCAGCCCUCUGUACCUAAAAGACAGCCUGAAGCUGACAAAGUGGAACAGAAUUCACAAGCAGGGCAAGCAGAUACUAACAAACUGGGACAGAAAAGAACUUUUACACUCGCGGAUCAGGAUAAAAUUGUCUACAAUGUGGAAGACUUAAGAUCAAGGAAAAAGAGGUGUGAACGUUCAGACGACAACGUUAAUGCUGUUAAAGAUUCAUCCUCUGCUGCCUGUGCACAGCCAUUAUGGCAGUUAUGUGAAGAUCAUGUAGAUUGGUCACAGGUUCCAAUAGGGAUACUUCCUGGACAAACUCUGGACUACAUGACCCUUGACAUGUCAACAAAUAAUGGGGAUGGUUAUCCCCCUGACUUGCCAACAAAUAUGGAGGAAACUUUCUCACAUGACUUAUCAAAUAUGGAGGAAACUUUCUCACAUGACUUAUCAACAAAUGAUGAGGGAGAUUUCUACGACCUUGAGGAGCUGUCUUGUGAAGAAGAAAUAGACAAUGAAAUCAAAUUGUUAGAAGAGACUUGCCACCAUGAUUCUGUUACCGUUUCAAGUGCAGCCUGGUCCUUGGAACAGUUAUCUGAAAUAAAACAGGGCGUUCGGCUUUUAUGACACGUGCAAUAGACACUUCUCAACAUGACCACUUAAUAAAUACAGCACUACUAAUUGUGUGUUGUUAU